UGCUGCCCAGGGGCUGAACGAAGCCUCCUUCCCUGAGGACACAGAGUCUGACCCAGCGGGCACACCCUGGUGGAGUGACGCCGAUCUCUCCGAUGACGAAGACAUGCUGGCAGAUGAAGCCUCAGGAGAUGGCAACGGCAGCGGGGAGAACGGCAGUGGGAUCGCACUGCCCGACAUGCUGCUGUCCACCAGCCGGACGCCGAGCGUCACACACUUGUCAAUGGCCCAACCGGGUGCAGCAGGGCAGCCCCAUCUGGCGGGUAUGACUGUGGCUGACCCGGAUGAUGAGGCCCCGCUCAUCUACUUCCGCGCUCUGGUGAAUUUCACCCAGUCCAUUGACUACAGCCCGCAGCUGGACGACGCCAAUUCGGAGGAGUUCCGGGAGGUUUCGGAGGCCGUGGUGGAUACGCUGGAGUCCGAGUACUACAAGAUUGGUGGGGAGCAGGUGGUCAGCGUGGUGUUCAUCAAGGAAAUCGACGGCUAUACCUUUGUGGAGCUGGAUGUGGGCUCAGAGGGGAACCUGGACGAAGGGGAGAUCCGCGAGGUGCUCUACUCUGUCGUCGAGAGCGGCUCCAUUGCCUCCUACAUCACCUCCACGCAGGGCUUCCAGUUCCGGCGCCUCGGGGCGGUGCCCCCGGAUGUGCGUGCCUGCACCAGGGAGGAGUUCGCCUGCGGCAGCGGGGAGUGCAUCGACCAGGAGUUCCGCUGCGACCGCCGCCCCGACUGCCGCGACAUGUCGGACGAGCUGAACUGCGAUCCGCAGGAAGUGGUGAGCACCCCACCCCCGCCCAUCACCACCGCUCAGCUGGCCACCACCCGGACACCCACAACCACCCCCUUGACGCCCAUGGUCACUACCAGGAGGGUGCCGUCCACCACGCCCCCCCGGCUCAUCACCUCCAGGCACCCGCCGGUUCGGCACCCCUUGGAGCUGCACCCCUGCCGCCGGGAUGAGGCCGUCUGCUCCAACAAGCAGUGCAUCCCCCGGGACUACCUGUGCGACGGCGAGCGGGACUGCCUGGAUGGGAGCGACGAGCUCAGCUGCGGCACCCCUACCCCGUGCGAGCCCAACGAGUUCAAGUGCCGGAACGGGCACUGUGCCCUCAAGCUGUGGCGCUGCGACGGGGACAACGACUGUGUGGACGGCUCCGAUGAGGUGGACUGCCCCACCAAGGGCCCCUAUGAUGCCUGCAGCCCCUACCAGUUCACCUGCGUGUCCAGCCGCACCUGCAUCCCGGCCAGCUACCAGUGCGACGAGGAGGUCGACUGCCCCGACCGCUCCGACGAGGUCGGCUGCACACCGCCGCAAGUCAUCACGCCCCCCGAGGAGUCCGUGCAGGCCACCCCCGGGCAGACAGUGCGCUUCCGCUGCGUGGCCGUCGGCGUGCCCACCCCCAUCAUCACCUGGAGACUCAACUGGGGCCACAUACCUGCCAACAGGAGAGUGUCCAUAAGCAGCGAGAACGGCCACGGGACGCUGACCAUCCGGGACGUGAAGGAGGCCGACCAGGGUGCCUACACCUGUGAAGCCAUCAAUGCCCGGGGCAUGGUAUUUGGGAUCCCUGAUGGCGUGCUGAGCCUCACGCCCCGGCGUGGUCCCUGCCCCGAAGGACACUUCCAUGUUGAAGGUACCUCCAAGUGCCUGGCCUGCUUCUGCUUCGGCAUCACCACGGCUUGCCAUGGCACCAGCCGCUACCGGGACCAGAUUCGCCUGCGCUUCGACACGCCUGAUGACUUCAAGGCACCCUCACGGUGCUGUACUGGGAGCAGGGAGGCGCUGAGCCUUUCCUCCUCCUGGCCAGGUGUGAACGUGACGACACCAGCGCAGCCGGGGACGCUGCCCCUCUCUUCCACACAGCUCCAGAUCGACCCCGCCCUGCAGGAGUUCCAGCUCGUGGACCUGUCCAGGAGGUUCCUGGCACACGACUCCUUCUGGGCAUUGCCCAGCCAGUUCCUGGGCAACAAGGUGGACUCCUACGGCGGGUACCUCAGCUUCAAGGUGCGCUAUGGGCUGGCGCGUGGCCAGUCAGAGCCCGUGCAGAAGUCCAACGUGGUGAUUGUGGGGAAUGGGCAGAAGCUCAUCUACCGGGUGCAGGUGCCCACCCAGCCGUCGGUCGUCAACCAGCGCCAGAUUCACUUCACAGAGGAGAACUGGCAGCAGGAGUCGGGCGCCCCGGUGAGCCGGGAGACGCUGCUCCUGGCCCUGCAGAACCUGGAGACCAUCCUGGUGCAGACGGUCUACGACAACAAGAUGGCGAGCGUGGGGCUGAGUGACAUCGCCAUGGACACCACCACCGUGGAGCUCACCAGCCAGGGCGUGGCGCAGGGCGUCGAGGAGUGCAGGUGCCCCAUCGGCUACUCGGGCCUGUCCUGCGAGAGGUGCGAUGCCCGGUUCAAGCGGGUACGCGAGGGCCCCUACCUCGGCACCUGCUCCGGCUGCAACUGCCACGGGCACUCCAGCUCCUGUGACCGGGUCUACGGCUACUGUCUGAACUGCCAGCACAACACAGAGGGGCCUCAGUGUAACAAGUGCAAACCCGGCUUCUUUGGAGAUGCCACCAGAGGCAACGCCACAGCCUGUCGGCCCUGCCCCUGCCCCUAUACCGACUCCGCGCGCAGGUUCUCCACCACGUGCUUCCUGGACACAGACGGCCAGGCCACAUGCGACGCCUGCGCCCAGGGGUACACGGGGCGACGCUGUGAGAGCUGUGCCCCUGGCUACGAAGGAAACCCCAUGCAGCCGGGCGGGAGUUGCGUGCGAACCAGCCAGGAGAUCAUACAGUGUGACAAGCGGGGGAGCAGUGACUCCACAGGAGGCGCCUGCCGCUGUAAGCCCAACGUGGCGGGACGUCUCUGCAACGAGUGCACGUCUGGAGCCUUCCACCUGAGUGAGCAGAACCCCGACGGCUGCCUGAAGUGCUUCUGCAUGGGGGUGUCCCAGCAGUGCGCCAGCUCCUCCUGGAACAGAGAGCAGGUGCAGGCCCUGGAUGGUGAGCGGGCGCACUUCAGCCUGGCCAACCGGGCCAACACCCGCACGGUCAGCGAGGGCAUCCGCUCCCCCAGCCAUGCUGAGUUGGCCUUUUCCACCUUCCACGCCCUGCCCCGCGAUGUCUACUACUGGGUGCUGCCUGAGCGCUUCAAGGGAGACAAGGUGACCUCCUAUGGCGGGGAGCUGCACUACACCGUUAUGCACAGCGCGGCGCCCGGCGCCCAGCCCCUGCCCGGCCAGGCCGACGUGCUUCUGCGUGGCAACGACAUCUUCCUGCAGCACUUCGCCAAGGCCGGCCCCCUGCCGGGGACCCCCACCCGCUUCACAGUCCCCUUCCGAGAGCGUGCUUGGCGCCGAGCUGACGGGCAGGACGCCACGCGGGAGCACCUGUUGAUGGCGCUGGCCGAUAUCGACCUUUUCAUGAUCCGGGCAUCAUACACGGACAGGCCGGCGGAGAGCAGGCUCUCCAACAUCCACAUGGACGUGGCCGUGCCCCACGCCACUGGCCUGGAGCGGGCGGUGGAGGUGGAGGAGUGCACCUGUCCCCCUGGCUACCAUGGCCCUUCCUGCCAGGACUGCGACAUGGGCUAUGCUCGCACCUCCAGCGGCCUCUACCUGGGUACCUGUGAGCGUUGCGACUGCAGCGGGCACUCGGGCGAGUGUGAUGCUGAGACGGGAGACUGCCAGAACUGCCAGGACAACACCGAGGGCACCAGGUGUGAACGCUGCCAGCCAGGUUACUAUGGUGAUGCCCGACGAGGGACCCCAACAGACUGCCAGCCCUGCCCAUGCUACGGGCCAUACGCCACCAGCCAGGCCACGAAAACCUGCUUCUUGGACAUGGACGGACAGCCCACGUGUGAUGCCUGCCCCACGGGCUACGUGGGACGCCAGUGCCAGAGGUGCGCUCCUGCCUAUGUGGGGAACCCCAGCCUGGGACAGCCCUGUAGAGAGCUCAACAGAAACUGCAGCUGUGACCCACAAGGCAGCGUGAGCAGGCAGUGCGAUGCCAGCGGCCAGUGCCAGUGUAAGCCCCACGUGGAGGGUCCCUCCUGCAGCAGCUGCCGUGCCAACCAUUUCCACCUGAGUGCCGAGAACCACGAGGGUUGUCUGCCCUGCUUCUGCAUGGGUGUGACCCAGCAGUGCACCAGCUCCUCCUACUACCGGGGCCUGGUCACUAGCCCCUUUCUCCCGGGCGACUUCCAGAACUUCGCCCUGGUGAACCGCCAGCACAGCACCCGCAUCAUGACCGGCUUCGCCGUGGAGCUGUCAGCCGAGGGGCCGCAGCUCUCCUUCGGGCGCUUCGGCCAACUGGGCCAGGAGUCCUACUACUGGCAGCUGCCAGAGCCCUACCAAGGAGACAAGGUUGGCUCCUACGGUGGGCGGCUGCGCUACACCCUCUCCUACAGCUCUGGGGGGAGGAGUGCCCCACUGCCUGAUGCCGACGUGCAGAUCACGGGCAACGAUAUCACGCUGGUGGCGUACCAGCCUGAGCUGCUGCCGCGCAACCGGCGGAGCUUCGAGAUCAUCCUCCGGGAGCAAUACUGGAAGCGGCCCGACGGGCAGCAUGCCACCCGGGAGCACCUGAUGAUGGCACUGGCCGACCUGGACGAGAUCCUCAUCCGUGCCACCUACUCCACCGACAUGGUGUCGGCCAGCAUUGCUGGCGUCAGCAUGGAGACCGCCGUGCCCACCUACAGCAGCCUGCCGCUGGCACCUGAGGUGGAGGAGUGCCGCUGCCCACCUGGGUACCAAGGCCUCUCCUGCCAGGACUGUGCUGCUGGCUACACUCGCACCGGGGGUGGCCUGUACCUCGGGCACUGCGAGCUGUGUGAGUGCAAUGGCCACUCGGACGCCUGCCACCCAGAGACGGGGGCCUGCUCGAACUGCUUACACAACGCGGCCGGGGAGUUCUGCGAGCAGUGUGCCCCUGGCUACUACGGCGAUGCCACCGCCGGGACCCCCGAGGACUGCCAGCCUUGCGCCUGCCCACGCUCGGAGCCUGAGAACCAGUUCUCCCGGACGUGUGAGAGCCUGGGGGCAGGUGGCUAUCGGUGCUCGGCCUGCGAGCCUGGCUACACCGGCCAGUACUGUGAGCAAUGUGCGCCAGGCUAUGUGGGGAACCCCAGCGUGCGGGGGCAGAAGUGUGUGCCCGUGGACCGAGCCCCUUUCGUGGUACGAGUCCACCCCCCAAAGACCACAGUGUCACAGGGUGGAGAGGUGACCCUGCGCUGCCAGGCCAGCGGCAGCCCGCCCUACUACUACGCCUGGUCGCGGGAGGAUGGGCGCCCCGUGCCCAGCACUGCCCAGAGCAGACGGCAAGGUGAAGAGCUCCACUUCCCCAGCAUCCAGCCCUCCGAGGCUGGGGUUUACGUCUGCACCUGCCGCAGCCUGCAGCACAGCAAUGCCAGCCGGGCGGAGCUCAUUGUCACAGAGGCCCCCAGCAAACCCAUCACGGUGACCGUGGAGGAAAAGAGGGUCCAGAGUGUGAAGCCUGGAGCUGACGUCACCUUCAUCUGUACGGCCAAGAGCCAGUCUCCGGCCUACACACUGGUCUGGACGCGCCAGAACCACGGCAAGCUGCCACGCCGCGCCAUGGACUUCAACGGCAUCCUCACCAUCCGCAACGUGCAGCCUGAGGACACCGGCAUCUAUGUCUGCACCGGCUCCAACAUGCUGGCCAUGGCUGAGGGCACGGCCACACUGCACGUGCAAGCCCCUCCUAAGACCCAGAUGUUUUAUGGACCCAUCGAAGUCAUGGAAGGCCACAGACCCUCUGCCCCCGCCGUCCUGCCCACGGCCACCAUCGAGCCAGCACAGCUGACGGUCCAGCCAGGCCAGCCGGCUGAGUUCCACUGCAUUGCCAGCGGGAGCCCCCCGCCCACUGUGGAGUGGAUCGGAGGACAGGCAGGUGUCAUGUCCCGCAAGGCUGUGAUCCAGGGAGGGACCCUGCGCUUCCCCGCUGUGGAGCCCUCGGACGAGGCGGAGUAUCUGUGCCGUGUGCGCAGCAGCGCUGGGCAGCACGUGGCCCGGGCCUUCCUGCAAGUUCACAGUGCCAGCGUGCCGCAGGUGCAGGUGAGCCCGGAGCGGACAGAGGUGCAGGAGGGCAGCACGGUGAGACUGUACUGCAGGGCUGCCGGCUCCCCCACCGCCACCAUCACCUGGGAGAAGCAAGGGGGCAGCCUCCCGCCCCAGUCCCGCUCGGAGCGCACCGACAUCGCCACUCUGGUGAUCCCCUCCAUCACGGCCGCUGACAGUGGGGUCUACCUGUGCAUCGGGACCAGCCCAGCCGGUGUCGGCAGUGCCAGGAUCGAGGUGGUGGUGCUACGAGCCUCGGGCGUGGUGCCCCCCAUCCGGAUCGAGGCCUUGUCGUCUUCCAUCGCUGAAGGACAGACCCUGGAUCUGAAGUGCCUCGUCACAGGCCAGGCACCAGCCACAGUGAUGUGGUACAAGCGGGGGGGCUCUCUGCCGGCCAGACACCAGGUCUCCGGCUCCCACCUACGCAUCUCUCAGGUCUCGGCGGCCGACUCGGGUGAGUACGUCUGCCGCGUGAGCAUCGGUGCCAGCUCCCGCGAGGCCUCCAUCCCAGUUACUGUGCAGCACAGCGCCGGCUCCCCACACGCCCCCCCCAUCCACAUUGAGUCCUCCUCCUCCGCCGUCACCGAGGGACAGACCCUGGACCUGAAGUGCCUCGUCACAGGCCAGUCGCCAGCCACAGUCACGUGGUACAAGCGGGGGGGCUCCCUGCCGGAAGGCCACCAGGUCUCCGGCUCCCACCUGCGACUGGUUCGGGUCUCGGUGGCCGACUCGGGUGAGUACGUCUGCCACGUCAGCACCAGCGCUGGUAUCCAAGAGGCCUCCAUCAUCGUCACCAUCUACCACGCCACCGACUCACCCUACUCCUCGGGCGUCGAACCCCCUGUCCGCAUCGAGUCUUCCUCGUCCUCCAUCUCUGAGGGACAGACCCUGGACCUGCACUGCCUCGUCGCGGGCCAGGCACCAGCCACAGUCACGUGGUACAAGCGGGGGGGCUCCCUGCCGGCCAGUCACCAGGUCUCCGGCUCCUACCUGCGCAUCCCCCAAGUCUUGGGAGCCGACUCCGGCGAGUACGUUUGCCGCGUCCGCACUGGCACCAUGGUCCAAGAAGCCUCCAUCAUUGUCACCAUCAGCAGCGCCGAGUCUUCCUACUCCUCGGGCAUGCGCCCCCCAAUUUGGAUAGAGCAAUCAUCAUCCUCCGUCACCGAGGGACAGACCCUGGACCUGCACUGCCUCGUCACGGGCCAGGCGCCAGCCACAGUCACGUGGUACAAGCGGGGGGGCUCCCUGCCGGCGGACCACCAGCUCUCUGGCUCACACCUGCGGCUGGUCCAGGUCUCGGCGGCUGACUCGGGCGAGUAUGUCUGCCGCGCCGGCACCAAGGAGGCCUCUGUCCUCGUCACCAUCCAGCAGAGCAGCAGUAUCUCCUAUCCCUCAGGAGUCACCCCACCAGUGAGGAUCGAAUCUUCCUCGUCCUCCAUCGCCAAGGGACAGACCUUGGACCUGAACUGCCUCGUCGCAGGCCAGGUGCAGCCCAGAGUCACAUGGCACAAGCGGGGGGGCUCCCUGCCAGCCAGCCACCAGGUCUCCGGCUCGCGCUUGCGCAUCCCCCAGGUCUCGGCGGCCGACUCGGGCGAGUACGUCUGCCGCGUCAGCACCGGCGCCAUCACCCAGGAGACCUCGCUCAUCGUCACCAUCCAGGGCGGUGCCGGCUCCUCCUACUCUCUGGGCGUCACCCCCCCGGUGAGGAUCGAGACCUCUUCCGCGUCCAUUGCCGAGGGACAGACCUUGGACCUGAACUGCAUGGUCGCAGGGCAGGCGCAGCCCAGAAUCACGUGGUACAGGCGGGAGGGCUCCCUGCCAGCCAGUAGCCAGGUCUCCGGCUCCCGCCUGCGCAUCCCCCAGGUCUCAGCUGCCGACUCGGGCGAGUACAUCUGCCGUGUCAGCAAUGGUGCUGGCCCCCUGGAGGCCUCCGUCAUCGUCACCAUCCCCCACAGUGCUGGCUCCUCGUACCCCUCGGGCAUGGCGCCCCCUGUCCGGAUUGAGUCUUCCUCAUCCUCCAUCGCCGAGGGACAGACCUUGGACCUGAACUGCCUCGUCGCGGGCCAGGCACAGCCCAGAGUCACGUGGUACAAGCGGGGGGGCUCCCUGCCAGCCAGUCACCAGGUCUCCGGCUCCCACCUGCGCAUCCCCCAGGUUUCGGCAGCCGACUCGGGCGAGUACGUCUGCCGCGUCAGCACAGGCGCCGUCACCCAGGAGGCAGCUCUUGUCAUCACCAUCGAGGACAGCACCGGCCCAUCGUACUCCUCGGGCAUGGCACCCCCCAUCCGGAUCGAGUCUUCCUCGUCCUCCAUCGCUGAGGGACAGACCCUGGACCUGCACUGCCUCGUCACGGGCCAGGCGCCAGCAACAGUCACGUGGUAUAAGCGGGAGGGCUCCCUGCCGGCCAGUCACCAGGUCUCCGGCUCCCGCCUGCGGCUGGUCCAGGUCUCUGCAGCCGACUCAGGAGAAUACGUCUGCCGUGUCAGCACCAGCGCCGGCCACCACGAGGCCUCCAUCACUGUGAGCGUCCCCUCUGGCACCAGCUCCUCCUACCGUCUGCAGAGCCCCAUCAUCUCCAUCGAGCCGCACAGCACUACUGUGCGCCAGGGCGAGGAUGCUACCUUCAAGUGCCGCAUCCACGGUGGUGCCCGGCCCAUCAAUAUCACCUGGAAGAUGGCCCCGAAGCAGCAUCUGCAAGACAAUGUGAAGAUCAGCCCCAAUGGCUCAGUGAUCACCAUCUCCAGGGCUCGCCCCAGCAACCAGGGAGCCUAUCGCUGUGUGGCCUCCAACCGCUACGGAGUAGCCAACAGUGUGGUUAACUUAAUGGUGCAAGGCUAUCCUACAGUAUCUGUGAUGCCCAAGGGCCCCGUGACGGUGAAGGCAGGCAAGUCCAUCAGCCUGGAUUGCCUUGGCAUGGGCGACCCGCGCCCUCUUGUUCGCUGGAGCCGCUUGGGCAUGAGGCAGAAACUCGAGCAGCAGAAGCUGUUGCCCCUGGAGAGCCAAGCAGUGCUGCAGAUCUCGGCAGCCAAGCCUGAAGAUGCUGGCACCUACAUCUGCACGGCCCAGAACUCCAUCGGCUCCGCACAGGUCCAGGUGGAGGUGAGCGUGGAAGCUGCCAACAGAAAGCCUGGCGCCCCUGAGAUCACAGUGAAGCCAACACUGACAGUGGUAGCUGGAGAAACCGCAACCCUCCAGUGCUCUGCUACAGGCGAACCCCCUCCCAGCAUCCAGUGGUCCAAGCUGAGGGCCCCACUGCCCUGGCAGCAUCGGGUGGUGAAUAACACUCUGCUCAUCCCCCGCGUGGCCCAGCAGGACUCAGGCCAGUACAUCUGCAAUGCCAGCAAUGCUGCCGGCUUCACCGAGGCCUUCGUCACACUGGACGUGGAGACGCCCCCCUAUGCCACCAGCCUGCCCGAGGAGGUCUCGGUGGCGGCGGGCGAGGCGGUGCGGCUGCAGUGCCUGGCCCACGGCACGCCACCCCUGCACUACCAGUGGAGCAAGGCCAAUGGCAGCCUCUCCAGCAAGGCCGUCCUGCGGGAGAGUGCCCUGCACAUCAGCCCGACGGCGCCCGAGGACUCGGGGACCUACCGCUGCCUUGUCAGCAACCGGGUGGGCUCGGCAGAGACCUUCGCCCGGGUCAGCGUCCAGGGAUCAGCCCCCAGCGCCUCCCCGACCGUGCGAGUCACACCCCAGACGGAGGUGAAGGGCGUGGGCGGCACGGCCGAGUUCACCUGCUCCGUCACCGGAGAUGCCCGGGCGCGGAUCGAGUGGUUCAGGGAGGGUGGGGAGCUGCCCGCCAGCCACAGCGUGCGGAACGGGGUGCUGCGAAUCCACAACUUGGAUCGUGGUUGCCAGGGGGUUUACACCUGCCGAGUUAGCAGCCCCUCCGGGCAGGCCCAGGACAGCGCAAGGCUGGUGAUCCAGGCUCUGCCCAAGGUGAUGAUCAACGUGCGCACCUCAGUGCAGUCAGUGCUGGUGGGCGCGGCGGUGGAGUUCGAGUGCCUGGCCAUCGGGGACCCCAAGGCACACAUCACCUGGAGCAAGGUGGGCAGCCGCAUUCGCCCCGAGGUGGUCGUCAGCGGUGGGAUGGUGAAGAUCGAGCGGGUGGAGCAAUCGGACGCGGGGCAGUACCGCUGCACCGCCACCAACGACGUGGGCACCGUGCAGUCCAACGUCAUCCUGCACGUGCAGUCCAUUCCCCAGAUCGCAGCUCAGCCGGAGGUCAAGGAGGUCACCACAGGGUCGAGGGCAGUAUUCCCGUGCCUGGCAUCUGGCUUCCCCGUCCCAGAGAUCAAGUGGACCAAGCUGGAAGGAGACCUCCCAAAAGACAUUUGUCUGGAGAACAACGUCUUGACCAUUCCAUCUGUGAAGCCAGAAGAUGCUGGGAUCUACGUCUGCACGGCAUCCAACAGGCAAGGGAAGGUGACGGCCUUCUCCAUGCUCAAAGUCCGAGAGCGGGUGGUGCCAUAUUUUACCCAGAAUCCUCAGACCUUCCUUGCCUUGCCCACCAUCAAGGACGCCUACAAGAAGUUUGAAAUCCAGAUCAGCUUCCGGCCAGACACUGCUGAUGGGAUGCUGCUGUACAAUGGGCAGAAGAAGAGCACUGGCGCUGACUUCGUGUCCUUUGGUCUGGUGGGAGGCCGCCCGGAAUUCAGGUUUGACGCCGGCUCAGGCAUGGCCACGAUUCGGCACCCGGUGCCAAUCCGACUUGGGGAGUUUCACACGGUCCGGCUAUACCGGAACCUCACCCAGGGCUCCCUGGUGCUGGACAGCCACCCUCCUGUCAACGGCACAUCCCAGGGUAAAUUCCAAGGGCUGGAUCUGAACGAGGAGCUGUACCUCGGCGGCUAUCCCGACUACAUCGCCGUCGCCAAAUCCGGCCUCAGCAGCGGCUUUGUGGGCUGUGUGCGCCAGCUGCUGGUCCAGGGCGAGGAGGUGAUCUUUAAGGAUCUGGACUUGAAAGCUCAUGGUAUUUCCAACUGCCCCACGUGCCGGGACCGGCCAUGUCAGAAUGGAGGUGUCUGCAGGGACUCGGAGAGCAGCAGCUACGUGUGCCACUGUCCACAGGAAUUCACGGGGAGCAACUGUGAACAUUCGCAGGCGCUGCAUUGCCACCCAGAGGCCUGCGGACCGGAUGCCACCUGCAUUAACCGUGCAGACGGGCAGGGCUACCGCUGCCGCUGCCACCUGGGCAAGUCUGGGGAGACGUGCAUGGAAGGCGUCAUGGCGACCACCCCUUCCUUCAAUGGCAGCGACUCGUUCAUCUCCUACCCGCCCCUCACCAACAUCCACUAUGAGCUGCGCCUCGACGCGGAGUUCAAGCCGCUCUCCCCCAACGGCCUCAUCCUGUUCAGCGGGGGCACAGGCGCCCCCGUGGAGGAUUUCGUCUCCCUGGCCAUGGCCAGCGGGCACGUGGAGUUCCGCUACGAGCUGGGCUCAGGCAUGGCUGUGCUCCGGAGCACAGAGCCACUCGCCCUGGGCCAGUGGCACAAAGUCUCGGCAGAACGGAUCAACAAGGAUGGCACCCUGCAGGUGGACAGCAGCAAGCCGGUGAAGAGGUCCUCCCCGGGGAAAAGCCAGGGGCUCAACCUCCGCACGCCCAUGUACCUGGGUGGGGUGGACAAAUCCGUCACUGUGCCUGCAGCCGCCAGCAUCAGCUCCAGCUUCCGUGGCUGCAUUGGGGAGAUGUCGAUCAAUGGGAAGAAGGUGGACAUCUCCUACAGCUUCCUGGAGAGCCAGGGCGUCACCCAGUGCUACGACAGCUCACCCUGCGACCGCAGGCCCUGCCUGCACGGAGCCACCUGCAUGCCCACCGGCGAGUACGAGUUCCAGUGCCUGUGCCAGGAUGGCUUCCGAGGCGAGCGCUGCGAGCUCUCUGAGGAUCAGUGCCUGCUCAGGAACCCCUGCCUGAACGGUGGGAAGUGCAAGGCAAACCAGUGCCUGUGCCCGGCCGGCUUCUCGGGGACGUACUGCGAGCAGGGCCUGGCCCUGGCGGCGCUGGAGCGUGAGUGGGCCCUGGAGGGCAGCGGGGGAAACGACGCCCCAGGCCAGUACGGAGCCUACUUCCAGGAUGGCGGCUACCUCGCGCUUCCCCGGCACGUGCUGCCCCGCAGUCACCCCAAGUCUCCAGAGACCAUUGAGCUGGAAGUGCGCACGCGCUCCCCGAGCGGCCUCCUCCUGUGGCAGGGCGUGGAGGAAGGGCAGAACGGCAAAGCCAAGGACUUCAUCAGCCUCGGCCUGAGAGAUGGACACCUGGUGUUCAGUUACCAGCUGGGCAGCGGCGAAGCCAGCAUCGUCUCUGAGGACCCCAUCAACGAUGGAGAGUGGCACAGAGUGACAGCUGUUCGGGAAGGCAGGCGGGGCUCCAUUCAGGUGGACGGCGAGGAGCUGGUGAGUGGGGAGUCGCCAGGCAGCAACGUCAUGGUGAACACCCAAGGCAGCGUGUACAUAGGAGGCGCUCCUGCCAUCCAAGCCCUGACCGCCGGCAAGUUCCGCUCAGGAAUCACAGGGUGCAUUAAAAACCUGGUGCUGAGCAGCGAGCCAGGCCAGCCGCCCCGGCAGCCCAUUGACUUGCAGCAUCACUCGGAGGCGGGAGUUAACAUGCAGGAGUGCCCCUCAUAGGCCGGCCGCCGCCUGCCCCGCGUCCGCAGGCCAAUCGUGGGACGUUGGCUGUUUUAUUAUUACGAUGAUUCACUUUUUUAAGAAACCGCGAGGAAAAUGGUGCUUCGCUGCUAGCCCAGACCAGUGGGGGAUGGGUUUGUUUGUGAUUGGUGCGUGGCAGCAGGGGGGCAGCCACGCCUCCUGCCAGCCCCAUGGGAACGCAGACCCUUCGGAACUGAGACGGUGGAUUCGACCCAACCGCACUGGGCCCAGAGAGCCGGGAGCCCAACCCAGUGCCGGCCCUCGCCACGUCCUGCCCCACAAGAUGGGCAGCGCCCCCCUCUGCCUUCCGGCUUCAGUGCUCAGAGCAUGUGCCCCCAAGCUGGGCGGGAAGGAGGGUGCCAGCUGGCUCUGCUGUGCCCCAUGCCCGCUACAGGACGGGGGGCUGGGGAGAGGGGCAGACGGGGCAUCUUUUCUCCUCUGGGGAGGGAUAGGAUCCACAUUCAUCCUCCAAAGUUAGGAGAGUGAGCUCAAAGUUACAGCCUGCCUUGCAGGUGGCGCCUCCCCCGCUCGGUGAGAGCCUGCCCCCUCUCUCCAGGGGCAGCCUGGUCACCCCUCCCGCUCCAUGCCCUGGGCAGCACUACAGGGGCCAGCAGGCUGGGGCAGGGGUUCCCACCAGGAUCUGUCUGUUUACACUGUGGCCAUCCCCGUUGCCUCAGCCACACUCCAGCCCCCGCACCAUGGCUGCCCCAAGCCCCUAGCUGGGGCUGUCUCCCUAGAGCCUCACCUGGAGGGUCGUGAUGCAGAGCAGGAGGGCAGGGGCAGGGCCUGGGAGCGACCACAGCUCAUGCUGCAGGGUACCCUGGCCGGCAUCCUGCAUGCACGGCUGGGGGCCCAUGCAUAAGGACAGCCCCACGGCUCGCUCCAGGUGCUGGUGGCAGGGGCACCCCAUGGCCAGAGGCUGUUAUGUGUUCCUGUGGGCAGCCAGCAGACCCCCCCCCCCCCCCCCAAAAAAAAGAUCAUUCCUCCCCAGUCAGACGGGCGGACAGAUGCAAGUGCCUUACUAGCAGCAGGACCCUCUGGGGGCUGGGCUGCCCCUAUUCACCCAACAACCAUUGGGCAGACCCUUAAAAGCUGCCCACCCAUUCCCUGCCCUGCCCUGCCUGGUGGGGGGCGUGUCCUGCUCUGGAGCCAUCUGCUCGCAGGACAAUCUUCGCUCACUGCUCUUGCUAGCUCUGCCAGGUCCAGAUCUAAGCACUUACCAGUGCCAGGCCCUUUGAAUCGCACUGGCUGGAGCCUGCCCAGCAUCACCACCAGCGUCACUUGGUGGGACAGAGAUGACUCGGCCUAGGCAGUGGCAGGCUGGGCAGAACAGCCCACUGCAAAGAGCCCUUCGCCCCAGCCCACCACCGAGCAGAACCGAGAGCUCCAAGGGCACCUGUUCGAACAGAGCCCAGCAAAUGUCACCUCUCUGCCUGGGGUGACGUCCCACCCAGGGCGAGGCGCCAGCACACGGCACGGCCCCCGCUGCCUUGCAUUGCCUGUCUGCCCAGGGCGGCUGCCACCCCAGAGAACAGCAGGGAGCCAGGCUGCUUGUGUUCCUGCCGUUCAGAUGGCGCCCUGUUAACGCACCCGACCCCAGACCACGUCCGACUUGUGCUGUUUCACUGGAUUCCUAUUAAACGACAAAUAACGCC